AUGGGCCGUCUUCAGGAAUACCAGGUCAUCGGCCGGCAUCUGCCGACCGAGUCCAACCCGACUCCCAGCCUGUACCGCAUGCGCAUCUUCGCCCCUAACGAGGUUGUUGCCAAGUCCCGGUACUGGUACUUCCUGCGCGGUCUCCGGAAGGUCAAGAAGGCCACCGGUGAGAUCGUUGCCGUCAACGCCAUCUCUGAGAAGCACCCCCUGAAGGUCAAGAACUUCGGUAUCUGGAUCCGGUACGACUCUCGGUCAGGCACCCACAACAUGUACAAGGAGUACCGUGAGCUGUCGAGAACCGCUGCCGUCGAGUCUCUGUACCAGGACAUGGCUGCUCGCCACCGUGCCCGCUUCCGGUCGAUUCACAUCCUCCGCGUCGUCGAGAUCGAGAAGAACGAGGAUAUCAAGCGCCCGUACAUCAAGCAGCUCGUGACCAAGAGCCUUACCUUCCCCCUGCCUCACCGCGUGCCCAAGAUCUCGACCAAGAAGAUCUUCAGCGCCAAGCGCCCGUCGACUUUUGCUUAA